GGCUUGAACUUCACGGUCAAAGUGAUGGACUUCAACAACAUGUCUCAGAUGAAGCAAGAAUUAUCGUCCGGUCAGUGUGCAGCUUGUCUUAUGCAGUAUCCAGACACCGAGGGGAAUGUGUAUCCGGACCUGGUGAGACAGGUAUCUGAGCAUUGCAAGCAGAACAAAGCUCUGAGCGUGGUGGCCACAGAUCUCUUAGCACUGAUCAUGAUUCAGUCUCCGGGAAAACUUGGAGCAGAUAUUGCGAUCGGAUCGUCGCAAAGAUUUGGUGUUCCCGUCGGAUUUGGUGGUCCACAUGCCGCAUUUUUUGCUACAAAGGAGGAUUUGGUUCGUCUGAUGCCCGGUCGAGUGAUUGGAAUUUCUAAAGAUUCCCAUGGCAAACCAGCUCUGCGAUUGGCAAUGCAGGUGCGCGAGCAACAUAUCCGUCGGGACAAAGCCACGAGUAACAUAUGCACCGCACAAGCUCUGUUAGCCAACAUGGCCAGCUUCUAUGCCGUGUACCAUGGCCCGCACGGUCUGAAGCAAAUUGCGCAACGGGUGCACCGAAACACGAUACGGCUGCUGCAUGCGCUGCAAAGUGAUGGAUACGAGGUGUUCAACACACAUCCUGUUUUCGACACAAUUAAAGUGAAACCGACCGCGAAACACGGUGGGCUCGACGGUGUGAAGAAACGAGCCGCGGAGAAACGGAUCAAUUUGCGCUACUUUGAGGAUGGACAAUCGAUUGGGCUCUCUUUGGAUGAGACUGUUACCACACAGGAUUUUUCCGAUUUGCUCUACGUGUUCAACGUUCCCGCUUCCAGCUCUGAGAUCUCCAACAGCCUGAGCCUCUGGAAUGCAACAAACACAUUGCGAACGGAUCAUAUCCUUUCUCAACCAGUAUUCAAUAGUCAUCAUUCGGAAACUGAAAUACUUCGCUACAUGAAAAAGUUGGAGAAUAAAGAUGUCUCACUAGCGCACUCAAUGAUUUCAUUGGGCUCGUGCACCUUAAAACUUAAUGCGACUACUGGUAUUAUACCGUGUUCAUGGCCCACGGUCAACCAACUGCAUCCGUUUGCCCCGGUCGAACAAACACAAGGCUAUGUUGAACUGAUAGGUGAACUGGAGCAAGAUUUAGCCGAAAUCACCGGCUAUGAUCACGUCUGUCUAACUCCGAACAGCGGUGCACAAGGCGAAUACACCGGACUGCGAGCAAUCACCGGCUAUUUGGCCAGCAAAGGUCAGAGUCAAAGAAAGGUUUGUUUGAUUCCAACUUCGGCUCAUGGGACGAAUCCGGCUAGUGCAAAAAUGGCCGGAAUGGAUGUGCAACCGAUCAAGACCACAAAACAGGGUACGUUUGAUAUAGGUCAUCUGAAGGAACAGGUGGAUCGAUACAAGGAUACACUGGGUGCAAUCAUGAUCACCUAUCCGAGCACAUUUGGUGUGUUUGAUACGGAACUGAUGGAGACGAUCGAUCUGGUGCACAAAGCUGGUGGACAGGUGUAUCUCGAUGGAGCAAAUAUGAAUGCACAGGUUGGUCUCUGUCGCCCGGGUGAUUUUGGAACGGACGUUUCUCAUUUGAAUUUGCACAAAACAUUCGGUAUUCCGCAUGGUGGUGGUGGUCCAGGUGUCGGACCGGUUUGUGUGAAAUCCCAUCUGGCUCCAUUCCUCCCUCAGCAUGCAUUGAGGCCAACUUGUCUAAGUGUGACCGAUCACGGACCGGAUCCGAAUAUGCGCACUUUCUGUUCCGCUCCGUUCGGUUCAGCCAGUAUUUUACCGAUUCCAUGGGCAUAUAUCAAACUAUUGGGAAGGCAAGGCAUACGAAAAGCCACCGAGCAGGCAAUUUUGAAUGCCAAUUACAUGCUCCAACGAUUGCGUCCGUAUUAUCCGAUCAAAUUUGUGAACCAAAACGGACUGUGCGCGCAUGAAUUCAUUAUCGAUUGUUCUGACUUCGAAAAGUACGGCGUGAUCACAAUGGAUAUUGCCAAACGACUGAUCGAUUACGGUUUUCACAGUCCUACCAUGUCUUGGCCAGUCCCCGGAAGUUUGAUGAUUGAACCGACUGAGAGCGAAUCAUUGGCUGAAUGUGACCGACUUUGUGACGCAUUGAUUCACAUACGGAGAGAAGUGGACAAAAUUUCCGAAGGUGAAUGGCCAAAAGACAACAAUCCGCUAAAACAUGCCCCGCAUACGGCUGAAGAUGUCACUCGAUCAAACUGGGAUCGACCGUACUCCAGAGAAGAAGCCGCUUUUCCUGCCCCGUGGCAAAGAGAUGGUAAAGGUCCAUUCGACAAACUGUCCAAGAUUUGGCCCGCUGUUGGCCGACUGAAUGAUGCCUAUGGAGACAAACACUUGCAGUGCGUCAUGCCUCCAGUUCAUCAGACAGGAAAUUGUUAA